UUUUAUUGGCGCUUUUAUGGCGUUUUAAACAUGUGUCAUAAGGAAGCAGUGCAUGUCUUGAAAGCCACGAACGUCAUUUCGAGACAAGUUUUUGAAGAGUUGGUUUGAUUUUGUAAGCGGAUUAUUAAACGCCAUAUUUAUUGUAAAGCUUGUUGAUGGUUCAUCAUGAGUGAUUAUUCUUCCGUGGCACCUCCUAAGAAUUUUAGCCAGUCGACAGCUUUUGCUGCAGCCCUACAACGUGCAAAACAGAUUGCAGCCAAAAUAAAUCCAACUAGUGCUGCUAGUGGUGCUGGUGGGCCGCCUCCGGGUUCAGGAGACGCUGGCAGACCGAAACGAUCCCUAGAGGACGGUUCUGAGCCAGAAGCCAAGAAAUUAGCGGGAUUAGAUUAUAAUUCCUCAAAUCCAGGAGGUUUAAGUGCAGCAGCAGCACAGGCAGCAGCCGUGGCAGCACGUGUGGCACAAAACUUAGGUGGCCUGGGCUCUGGAGGGCCCAUGGGUGGAGGUAGUGGCAGUGGAGGCACUUGCAGUGAAGAUAUUAGGGUACCCGAUAAAAUGGUUGGGCUUAUUAUAGGACGUGGAGGUGAACAAAUAACAAGAUUACAAGCUGAAUGUGGUUGUAAAAUACAAAUGGCACCAGAUAGUGGAGGCUUACCAGACAGAUUAUGUUCUCUGUCGGGUCCGAGAGAUGCAGUUGCUAGGGCACGGGAAAUGAUUAUGAACAUAGUAAAUCAAAGAGGAAGAACAGAGGGUAUAGAAAUGGGAGGAAAUGGAGGUGGUGGUGGUGGUGGUGCUCCUCCUAUGGGUAUGAGUGGGCCUACAUCUGUUGAAAUUAUGAUUCCUGGCCCAAAAGUUGGUUUGAUUAUUGGUAAAGGUGGAGAAACAAUAAAGCAAUUGCAAGAAAAAUCUGGAGCCAAGAUGGUAGUUAUUCAGGAUGGUCCUAAUCCAGAACAGGAAAAACCUUUGAGGAUAACAGGUGAUAUGCAAAAAGUAGAAUUUGCAAAACAGCUUGUUUAUGAUUUGAUAGCAGAAAAAGAAAUGCAAGCUUUCAAUCGUGGUGGGCGAAUGGGAGGUAAUGGUGGCCCAGGCAGACCAGAUGGAAUGGGGCAGGACUUUCCUUCAGGAGGCGGAGAGUGGAUUGAAGUAUUUGUGCCUAAAAUAGCUGUUGGUGUUGUAAUUGGUAAAGGUGGGGAUAUGAUAAAGAAAAUUCAAAUGGACACAGGGUGUCGUCUUCAAUUCCAACAAAAUAGAGAUGAAGGACCAGGAGAUAGAUUAUGUUAUUUACAAGGCAAACCACAACAAGUUCAAGCUGCAAAAGAUAUGAUAGAAGAUUUAAUUGAUAGUGUGCAAAGAGAUCCAAGUGAAAGAGGUCGCCCAAGAAAUGGAAAUAGACCAAAUAAUGGACAAGAUUUUCAGAAUUGGGCUGGUGGAAAUGGAUCUCAAUCAAAUAGAAUUGAAGUGACCUUUAUUGUUCCAAGUAUGAAGUGUGGAGUGAUAAUUGGGAGAGGUGGAGAAACAAUAAAACAGAUUAAUGCUCAAUCUGGGGCACAUUGUGUGUUAGAUAGGAAUGCUCAAAAUAAUCCAAAUGAGAAAUUAUUUAUAAUUCGCGGAGAGCCUGAUCAAGUGGAAGCUGCUAAAAGAAUAAUUUCAGAGACAGUACAAAUGCCAUUGAACUUCCAAGUUACUAGUGGUAACCCACAAGGCAAUUCUGGUAAUAUGGGUCCCAUGGGUCAUACUGGUUAUCCAGGAAUGGGUGCUCCACAAGGUUACCCUGGAGCCGCACAAGCAUGGGGUUACAAUCCCCAAGGUUGGGGAGCGCCAGAUCAGGCGCAGCAUGCUCAAGCCCCAGCUGGUCAAGUACAGAUAAAUCCUGCAACUGGUCAGCCAGACUAUUCUCAACAAUGGAUUGAAUAUUAUAGGUCAAUGGGAAUGCAUAGGGAAGCAAGUAUGAUAGAACAACAAAGUAAAGGAAAAGCAGUUGAUCCAUCUGCAGCUGCAGGACAAAACGGAACAGCAGCACCCGUGCAAUCGCAGGCAGCAGCACAACCUAGUCAACAAGCUGUUGCUGGAGCUGUAUCUCAAAUGGCAGGAGCACAACCUGACUAUUCCGCUCAGUGGGCAGAAUAUUAUAGGUCCAUUGGCAAUAUUAAAGAAGCAGAAGCGAUAGAAGCAAAUAUGAAACAGGGCAAGGGGGCACAAGCAUCUGCCGCUGCAACUACCCAACAGAAUGCAACUAGUUUUCCAAAUGCCGGUGUUAAUACAUCUGCGACACCACAAAGUCAACCAGGUCCACCUGGAGCUUAUGGUCAACCAAAUGCGCCGCCAGGUCAGCCUGGUUAUCCAAUGAAUGCUGCUUCUUACAUGCAAGCUGCAGGAGGCAUGCCGAGAGCAAAUCCAGCGGCAGGUGCAGGUGCACAGUUCCAAGGAUACCCUGGAUACGGAGGAUACCCACAACAAGGAAGCAGUUAAAUAGAGGAAACUGAUGCAAGCUACCGUUUAAGAGAUGAAUGUAUUGGGAUAUGAACAUGUAAUCCAUAUUAAGUUGCUAACUAUUCUCUACCUACAUCAAUGUUAUUUUCAUAAAAUUACAUUGUUUAAUUAUAAGAAAAAUCUAGUGGAUGCCCUUCAACAAAUAAUGUAAAUAGAAUAUUGGACUUCAAGACUUCACCACUUUAUGUACUAGUAAAAAUGAUUGUGGAUUUAGUUUUAAUUUUAAGAUGUUUUAGCAUAUAGGAUUCUUGCACAUAGGUUUUAUUUUUUAUUAUAAGGUAAUUAUAUGUAUUAUAAAUAACGAAAAAAGAUCCCUUCUUUUGUAAUCAUAUUUUAUUCCCAGAAAAGACUUGCUAUUUAAACCAUAAGUCUAGAAUUAUUUCUAUGUAAAUUCAUUCCCACAACCAUCCAUGGAUUUGCUUGUGGAAAGCAAGCAAUCAGUCAAAAAAUCAUUGUUUUGUCUAAAUUUUGCAAAUGAAUUUGAUUUGUAAAUUUAUAGAUGAAUUAAUGGAAUUAUGUGAGCAGGAGUUCCAUUCCUCAUUCAUUUUCUAAAGUAGGUCUCCAUAAUUAUUUUGAAAUGUGAUGUGACUGGUGGAGCUUACUCUUCGUUCACACGGAUUAUUCUCUUUUUUUAUUUAUUAAUGAAUGCUUCCACUAAAUUAUGUUCAUAAAUAGUCUUGUUCACGUAUAUUUAUAUAUUAAUUUUAUUUUAU